AUGAAGCUGGUUUGGUGCCCGGAUACAGCCGCCAAUGCCUACAUCGACGCCGUGAAGGGGCUCGCCGAGCUAGAAGUUGGCGAGACCGACGUGGCCGAGAUGGUCUCUGCCAUGGCUGGUGGAUGGAAGGCCCAGCUCAUCGUCGAGGCCUGGACCUGCGGCGAUGGCGCGGCCACCAGCAUCGGCCUCCAAGCUGCUGCCCGUCACACGGGAGGCCGCCACGUGUGCGUCGUCCCGGAACAGCAGUCGGUUAUGGAGUACAUGGAGGUGAUGCGAAGGGCUGGGUUGGAGUCGGCGGUGGCGGCGACGUCGGUGAUGGUGGGGGAGGCGGAGGAGGUGAUGAGGGAGCUGGAGGGGGUGGAUUUCGUGGUGGUGGACUGGAGGCGGAGGGAUGCGGCGGAGGUGCUGAGAGCGGCGAGGGCGGGGCCGGGAGGGAUGGUGGUGGUGUGCAGGAGCGGAGGGAGGUGGCGGGGCAGCGCGGCGGCGGUGGUGAAGGGGGCGGGGAUGAGGGUGGUGAGGUCGGAUUUGCUGCCGAUAGAGUGGGGAGUGGAGGUGGUGCAUGUCGGAGUGGGGAAGGGGCCGAGCUUGGACAGCAGCCGGGGCCGGUGGAUACGGCAUGUGGAUGAGGAUGGGGAGGAGCACCUGUUCCGGCGAUGA